AAGGUCUCCAUGGGCACCGUGUUCAGUGUCACUGAGGGCUCUGCCAUGACUCCUCCAGCAUGGGCAGAGCCCUUUCCAUCCUGUCCCAACCAUCCUGAGCAGGCAGAGAGCAUCUGAUCCUGACAGCACCAAUUCCAGCCCUGGAGCACGUCCUGGCUUCGGGAUCAGACAGCUCUUCAUGGUGCUGUUUUGUCCUUUUGAAGGGAGGGAAGCUGAAGGUCACUCUGAGACCAGCCUGGUUUUCUGCAGGAGAGGAUUUCAGCUGCUACAGAAAAGGAUUGGGUGUUCAUCCAAGGCUAGUUUGGCGCUUGAGCAGGGGCCCACACCUCAGCUGUCCUCCAGAGAGCUGUGCUGAGCACCUCGUGACCCCUGGGCAAACCUUGAGGGUUCUCAUCUCCAUCCUUGGUCCUUCCCAGCCCACCUCUAUGCCUUUGGACCCCCAGAGAGGAUGUCUGUGCCCCAAAUCCAAAUAGAAGAGGCUCUGGACAGCAUGGAUGCUGGCUCUGGGGGGGUUCCUCCUCCGGAUGAUCACCUGAGGACCCUCAAGGCGUUGACAGAGAAGCUGAGACUGGAGACCAGGCGCCCUUCCUACUUGGAAUGGAAGGCAAAGCUGGAGGAGCAGGCUUGGAAGAGCCCCCAGCCCGAGGGGGACGGGGAGGACGAGGCCACCAAGGCCAAAAAGACCCCAGGGGAGACUGUCCCCAUGAGGAAGGUGCAGCUGCACCUCAACGGGAGCCCUGCCCAGGACAAGGGGACUGUCACCUCAGGGAGAAUAGGUGGCUUUGAGAGCAUCGACGAAGCUUUGACGUGGCUCAGGAAGGAGCUGGCAGACAUGCGCCUGCAGGACCAGCAGCUGGCCAGGCAGCUCAUGCGGCUGCGCAGCGACAUCAACAAGCUGAAGAUCGAGCAGACGUGUCACCUGCACCAGCGCAUGCUCAACGAUGCCACCUACGAGCUGGAGGAGAGGGACGAGCUCGCCGACCUCUUCUGUGAUUUCCCCCUCGUGAGCUCCUUCAGCCUCUCCACGCCCCUCAAGCUCAUCGGGGUCACCAAGAUGAACAUCAACUCCCGCCGGUUCUCGCUGUGCUGAACGGGGGGGAAGGAGAGGGAAGGACGGGGGAGAAAGAGGGAGAGGACUCUCUCUGCCUCAUGGCUGGGUGAGGAGAGGCCAACGAGGAGCAGAGGGAACCCACAGCUGGGCUUGGUGGCAGCGUAGAGGUGGCCACUGGAACGGCUCGUGGGGAAGGCAGGACCUGCGUGGAAGAAGCCUGGAGAGCAUCCAGACACAACACAUGCACUCAGCUCCUUUGCCAAGUCCCUUCUCCUCCUCUUCCUCCCGCAGGACGCAGCUCGGUGUGGGUGGUUGUGCUCAGAAAUCAAAGGAGGGGUCAAAAAUCAGCCACAAAGCAAAAUCCCUCUUCCCUUCCCCUUCCCCUCCUCCCAGGCUGGAGCAACCACGUUGCUGUCCUUCAUGGAUGUCUCCUUGGGCACCAACCCUCAGCCUCUGCUGCUCCAAGCGCGUGAUCCAUGGGGCUGCUUCAGGUGGGAAGUGGAUUUCCAGUGGGAAGGAGCCCUCCCAGCAAGCAAAGGACUGUGGGUCAAGUGGCACCAGCUCCAAGAAGCGGUGAGAAGGUUUGUUUUUGGAUUGCUCCGUAGGGUCCAGGGCACUACAGCUUCUUCUUGCCUGUGGCAUAGAUCAUGGACUCAGCAUGGGCACAUUCAGAGGUUCCAGCUGCCCAGAAGUCUCCUGUGUGCCCUGGAAGUCACACCCGGAGCAACACGUGUUUCUGAGCCUGUUGGAUCCUGCUGUCAGCCACAAGACACCCUGUGGUUCACCCUGCAAACAAGGAACUGUUGUACCCAAGACAUCUCCUGACAGAGAAACCCCCAGGCUGACACCCCCAGCAGCAGCACCAGCAAACCCCGGAUCCUCUGUAGCAACACACAUCCAUCCGAGAGAGGAACUUCAAGAGGAGAAAGGGGACUUUUGGGUAAUGAACUCAAAAUAAGACUUAAAAUCUAAGGGAGAAGUUGCUGUGAUGAGCAGCACAGGGGGUUCCUGUGCUCCCUGCCCAGCAGAAUGUGAGAUGGAUGCUGUAUUUUCUUGCCUUUCCAGUGCACACCGCUGCCUGUACCUGGCAUGGGGGGCAGAGACCUCUGGUGCUGCCCAGCAAGGGACUCGAGAGGUCUUGCCAUGGCAAUUUUGGGGCACCUGGCACCCAAGACAGUACAGAUCAAUCGUGGAUGCCUUCAGGCUCUCCCUCCUGUGCCCACACCACUCCUGACCCUGUCAGAGUGGAGCAAUCCUGCCCGUGGUGCCCCUGCCCAUGGCAGGAGGGUUGGAAUCAGAUAAUCUUUAUGGUCCUGUCCAACCCAAACCAUUCUACGAUCUCAGCCCAACUCUGCUCCUCACCCCGUGCCCGAGCAGGAGCAGACCUGGCUGUGCCCACAGCCCAAGGCCUGGGAAGGAGCAGGAGGAGCAAUCCCACUGCUCUGGAAGCUGUGGCUGUGUCGAUGUGCCUGUAGCUGUCUGUGAGCUCCGUGUGUGUGUGUGUCAGUGGCUGUGUGUGUGCAUCUGAGCCCGCAGGACGCCUCUCCCGGGAGGCUCCGGCCUGGGUUCACGCCUUUGUUCCGAAAUGUGACGGGAUCCAGGAUCCGGCGAGACCCCGACGUGCCUGGGAAGAUGAAAGGAGGCUUCCAGACCUGGGGCUCCACAGGGAGCUUUAGGUUGGUGCAGGGAAGACAAAUAAUUCGUGUGCAGCCACAGGUCUGCCUGGUAGGGACAAAUGAAGGGGUUCAGAGAUGAGUGGGGUGGGGAGUCUGAGCUGAGCUCAGCCCUCCAUCCCCCACAACCCCUGGGUGAUGCCUCCCCAUCCCCUCCAAAGCUCCCUGAGUAUCUUUUC